CAUGGUCCGGGGAGACCGGAUAUAGUGAAUGCAGGGUCCGGGGAGACCGGAUAUAGUGAAUGCAGGGUCCGGGGAGGCCGGAUAUAGUGAAUGCAGGGGUCCGGGGAGAGCGGAUGUAGUGAAUGCAGGGUCCGGGGAGACAGGAUAUAGUAAAUGCAGGGUCCGGGGAGACCGGAUGUAGUGAAUGCAGGGUCCGGAGAGAGAGGAUGUAGUGAAUGCAGGGUCCGGGGAGAGCGGAUGUAGUGAAUGCAGGGUCCGGGGAGAGCGGAUAUAGUGAAUGCAGGGUCCGGGGAGACAGGAUAU